CUGCUAGGGGCUACCUAUGAGGUAGAUAUUAUGGUUUCUUUCACAGAUAAGAAAACUGAGUCUCAGAGGAGUUACAGCCCUUGCUGAAGGUCACACAACCACUUACUAAGAUAUCAUUAAAACCCAGGUUGGCUUGACUCAAAGAUCACGCUCUUCACCACUUCAUUCACACUACUUCAAUAACUAUGUUUGAGUUUAGUAAAGUCACUUAACUUUCCCAGCCUUACCUUCCUUCUCUGUAAAUAAGGGAAUUAGACUUAAUACCUUAGAUCCCAUCCAGCUGCAAAACCUUCUCAGAUAAAUCUAGAUAGGCCAGUAUCCUACAAGUUAUACCAGGCUCAAUUAUUGUCUAUUGCUCCCCAGAGCUCCCUUCCUAACAUUCAUUAACAGGGCUAUUAAAAAACAAAAUAUGUCAGGCCAUUUGUAAUAAUAUACAUCAUCACAGAAAAACAGGUUGGAUCUUAUUUCUUUUAAAGUCUCUGGGGCUUUUAACCAAAGGCAACUGAGUUCCUUCCCAGGGAAUUCCGUUAAGCAUUUAUUUUGCAUUCUGUGCCUUUGAAUUAUGGUGUUGGCAAAGAAUACUGAAUACACCAUGGACUGCCAGAAGAACAGACAAGUCUGUCUUGGAAGAAAUACAGCCAGAGUGCUCCUUGGAAGCAAGGAUGGUGAGACUUCAUCUCACAUACUUUAGACAUAUUAUCAGGAGGGAACCAGUCCCUGGAGAAGGACAUCAUUCUUGGUAAAGCAGAGGGUCAGCAAAAAAGAGGAAGACCCACAACGAAACGAAUUGACAAAGGGGCUGCAACAAUGGGCUUGGACAUAACAGAUUGUAAGGAUGGGACAGGAGCAGGCACUGUUUCAUUCUGCCGUACAUAGGGUCACUAUGAGUUGGAACGGACUCAACAGCACCUAACAACAAACCAACUCUAUGCCACCAUUCCAACCUCAUCUCCACACUCUUCUUCCCCUGUCCCUCCACAGCUUCCCACUGCCAUGCCCACCCCCACCCCUAGCCUCCUCCUUACUGAACCAGACCAUUCAUGAGAGGAUUCCCUGUCAUUACACAGACAGUUGCCUCUGGCUGGAAUUCUUCAUUUUUCCCUUGACCUGGCAAAAUCCUCAUCCUUCCAGUUUCAGAUCACCUCAUCUUUUAUGAAGACUUCCCGGCUCCCAUACACAUAGCCUGAGUGUACACACUUCUCUUUGUUCACAUCCUGGUGAUAGCAUUUACCACUCUGUACUAUGCUCACCUCCUUUCUCGGACACCUCAAGGGAGAGAUUUUGUCUUCCUCAUCAUUGAAUCAGGAGUCCUUAAUUCCUUUUACCUGGCUCUUAAUAGGAUAAUUAAAUGUUUGUAGCAUGAGUAAAUAAAAUCAUACUCUCUUAGAGAAUUAAUGCCUUCUUUUCUAAAAUAUAUUUCUUUAGUCAAUAACCACUCUCCAGGUGCCUACAAUCAACAAUAGACUAUGAUAGACAGAGUGAUGGAAGAUAGCAUGGAAGCUCAUCGAUUAAAUAAAAAUAAUAUAACCAAAAAAAAAAAAAAAAAAAACUCCCAAACCCAUUGCUGUUGAGUCGAUUCUGACUCAUAGUGACCCAAUGGGACAGAGUAGAACUGUGUGCCCCUUAGUGUUUCCAAGGAGCGGCUGGUGAAUUCGAAUUGCCAGCCUUUUGGUUAGCAGCCGAGCUCUUAACCACUGUGCCACCAGGGCUCCUUAAGAGAAUUGUUAGAACAAAUAAGGAUAAAUGUAAAGGGCCCAGUACAGUGCCUGGAUCCUGAGAGUCCCCAGUGCUGGAUUAGGAGGUAGAAUAGCUUAAUGGCUAAGAGCUCAAACUCUGCAGCCUGAUUCUAUGGGUUUCCUUACCUGCUCUGAGACCAUAGGCAAGUUACCUACCUCUAAAGUUCCUUACUAGUGAAAUGAGAAUAAUAAUAGUAGCUACCUUAUAGGGUUGCUGUAAGACCUAAAAGAGUUCAUAAAUGCAAAACAUUUAGAAUAGUACCUAGCACCAAUGAAGCAGGAGAUCCCCAAAUUUCUUUGAAUAGAUUUGUCAUUUCAAAAAUAAGCAUUAGGUUUAUCCAGUGACCCAGAAGUUCCACUCAUGGAUAUACACCACCCAGAAAUAAACAUUUACAUCCAACAAAAACAUAGAAGAAUGUAUAUUCAUACGAUGUGAUACUACACAACAAUGAAAUGAAAAUGAUCAAAUUAUUGCCAAACACAUGGAUGAAUCUCAUAGACAAUGUUCAGCAAAAGAAUACAGACACAAAUGAAUUCAUACUGUGUGAUCCCAUUUACAUGGAGUUCAAAAAACAGGUAAAACUUACCUAUGGUGAUAAAACUCAGAAGAGCAGUUACCUUUGGAAGGGUGGUACUGAAUUCACUGGGUACAAGGGAGCCUUCUGAAGUGCUGGGAAUUUUCUAUAUCUUGAUAUGGGUGUAUUCAUAUAUGAAAUUAAGCUGUACACUUAAGAUUUAUGCAGUUUCCUAUACGUAUAUUAUACCUCAAUAAACUAAUUUUUUUCGAUGAAUGCAUUGAAGUAAUCAUUGUGGGGGAAAAAUCAGUACUUUGUUGGGUAUCUCAAUCUUCAUGUUAUAGAUUAGUUUUUAUUGUUUGUUUUGUUUUGUUUAAUUACACAUGAACUGGCCGCCAUAAUCUCUUAGUGCGUGAAGUCUCUAAAGUCUUAAUCUGGCCAUGACAGACCUUCACUAAAUAGUAGUUAUUGUUAUGACUAUGUUUUUGUUAGAAACAAAGGCACUAAGCUUAUCCUAUGGAGCUUGCAAUUUGCAAAGCUUUCAUUUAUUUUUACAACAGGAAUAAUAAUGAUGUCAGCCCUUUCCAUUCAUACAUUCAUUCAUUCACCCAUCCAACACAUUUUAUUGAGCAUGUAAGUACACCAAUGGAAACUCUGGUGGUGUGGUGGUUAAGAGCUAUGGCUGCUAACCAAAAGGUCGGCAGUUUGAAUCCACCAGGUGCUCCUUGGAAACCCUAUGGGGCAGUUCUACUCUGUCCUAUAGGGUCACUAUGAGUCAGAAUCGACUCGACGGCAAUGGGUUUGGGUUUUUGGUAAGUACACCAACACUGUACUUGGCAUCACAUCUAGAAUUCAGUGAAUACCAUUCCAAAUGCCUGGAUCUCUCUUCGCCUGGAUCUCUGCAUGGUUAUCUCUCUCUAUUCAUUCAAAUCACUUUUUAAAUGCCACCUCCACAGCAAGGGCUUCCCUAACCACAGCCUCCAGCCACAGCACCCCCCACCCCAACAUAUUAAUGUCUUUUAUUUUCUUCACAGUACUUAUCACUAAAAUUAUCUUGUUUAUUUAUUUAAAUGUUUAAUCUUCUGUUCUUCAUGCUAUUAGAACUUAAGAUCCAAAAGAAAAAAGUACUUAUCUAUCUCAUCAUGUGUAUAUCCCUGGUGACUGGCACAUCAUACAUGCUUAAAAUACAGCUGUGAGAAAUCUUGGAAAAUUUUAAUUGCUAAAAACCAUAACAUUGUUGGGCUCUAUCAGGGGAAAAGUAGAUCAUGUUGUCCUCAUGAGAAAACUGAAGAGAAGUGAUUUCCUCAGUUGUCACUGGAUUAGCAAGUUACAGGGCCCUGACUAAAAAGAAGUCCUAUAGAUUUCAUCUCUUUAGCAGCUUUCCAAUCAAUUUACUUCUCUCCAGCCCAUCUCCUGCCUUUACUCAGGUUAUCUUUCACCCAGACUACUGCAAAAGGUUUUUCUACUCCUCUCCCUGCCUUCCUCUGUUCUUAGAAAGGAAUAAGAUGAAGAGUUUUCGUGCUGUCCCUUCUUGGACUGUUCCCCUAGAUCUCCUCUUGGAAAUUUUCUCUGUCUGCCAAGUCUGGGUGACAUGCCUCCUAGCAACCCGUACUGAGUCCCAUCAUAGAACUUGGCACACAUAAUUGCAGACUGUUUGCUAACUUGUCAUCUUGAGUCGAUUCUGACUCAUAGCAACCCUAUUUUAGAACGGGGUAGAACUGCCCCAUAGGGUUUCCGUGGAGCGGCUGGUGGAUUCCAACUGCCGACCUUUUGGUGAGCAGCCGUAGCUCUUAACCACUGUGCCACCAGUGCACCUCCUUGGUGUUAAAAAUCCGUUGCGUCGAGUCAAUUCCGACUCAUAACGACCUUGGGGUUAACCAAAAAAACCAAACCCACUGCCGUGGAGUCGAUUCUGACUCAUAGCGACCCUAUAAGACAGAGUGGAACUGCCCCCAUAGAGUUCCCAAGGAGCGCCUGGCAGAUUUGAACUGCUGACCUCUUGGUUAUCAGCUGUAGCACUUAACCACUAUGCCACCAGGGUUUCUGACCUUGGGGUUAAGGAGCCUAUCUAUUCCCCAGCCUUCCGCUAUUGGUCAGGCACACAAUCACACAAUAACUAUGUAUUCGGUGAUUGGAACGGACUUCCAUUUUCUUAUAUGUAAAAUAAAGGAGCUGGGCUAGAUGAUCUACAUGACACUUUGGCAAUAAAAUGGAACAAAUAAUCCUAACUCCAAUGGCCCAGGAGCUCCGUUUUUCUUUGCGUUCCGGGGAAUUCGAAUCUCUUGACAACCUCACCAGCGGGAGAGACUACAGUUCCCAUGAACCCUCGGAGCACCACGUGGCACCUGCCCCUUCUACCAUUGCGUAACAAGGACUCCAUUUCCCAGCGUGCCUCGGGACACCAGGCCUGCAUUUGCCCGAAGAACGUCCGGAGUCCAGGCUCAGAACAGGGACGGCAGUAGCCAAGGCUGAGCGGCAGCCGAUGCUGAGUGGGCGGCUGGUCGCGAGUCUGGUCUCCAUGGCCGGCCGCGUCUGUCUGUCCCGGGGCAGCGCGGGAGCGGGGACCGUCGGUCCGGUGGAAGCUGCCAUUCGCGCGAAGUUGGAGCAGGCUUUGAGCCCCGAGGUACUGGAGCUGCGCAAUGAGAGCGGCGGCCACGCGGUCCCACCAGGCAGCGAGACGCAUUUCCGCGUGGCAGUGGUGAGCUCUCGCUUCGAGGGACUAAGUCCUUUGCAACGGCACCGUCUGGUCCACGACGCGCUGUCAGAGGAGCUGGCGGGUCCGGUGCACGCACUGGCCAUCCAGGCGCGGACCCCAGCCCAGUGGAGGGAAAACCCUCAACUGGACACGAGCCCCCCUUGCCUCGGUGGAGACAAGAAAACUCGAGGAACCCCAUGAACCCCAAAGGAGCGGGAGGAUCACGAUCUGGGUGGGCUGGGCGAGAAGAAAUGCAGUCUGGGAUUUAUAAGGGGUGAGCACGACUCCUGAGCCCCAUUCGACUGGCACAUACAUAUUUUCCGGAGAUAGCAACUCAUUUCAAGCCAAAGCUAACCCAGGGAAAGGACAGAAUCACUACUGCUCUUGCCCUGGACUAUUCUCAAAAGGCUGCCCAGUUGUUAGAUGUUUGUGACCAAGGGAGGCCUGAUGAGUUGGAAACAGUCCUUUGCAUUAAAACAGAAACUAUCAUAUGAGGUGCA